CCGAGCGCGCAAGUAAUUUUUGUUUUGUUUUGUUUGCACCGCUUUCCGAGGACUCACCGGCCACCAUGAAGCGAACCAAGGACGAGGACAAGGAGGAGGCGCCGGCCCAACCGGCGGCGCACAACAGCAGCGCCGGCAGCAACGGCCACGAGGCCACAUCUCCGGUGGCCACCAAUGCGCCGGCGACGGCGACCACUUCAUCCGCAGCCGUUUUGGAUGCAUCGCUAACCGGAUCCUCCGUCCGCACGACGGGUCGCGUCAAGAAACCCAAGCAGGUGUACGAUCCCUCGGACAACUAUGUGUCCCGGGCCAGCAGUAAUCGCAACUCCCUCGGCGGAGCAGCCGGCUCCUUAGCCGCGGCCGCCGCCAAUGCUCAGUCACCACCAGCCAGUGCGACGGCCAAAGAGGCCAGCGAUUCGCAGGACUCCACACCCAGUCCGGCCGUUUCCGAGCAGCAGCAGCAGCAGGCGGCGCAGAAUCGCAACUUCGACACGUGCCAGAAGUGUGCCAAAAGCGAACCCAAACGCGGUUCCGGCCACAAGAGCAACUUCCUCACCUGCAAAGGAUGCAUGCAGAAAUGGCACUUUCCGUGUCUCCCAGUUCACUUCCAGAACCAAAGCAUGGCCCGCAAGAAGUACAAGUGCGAAAAGUGCCGCUACUGCCAGGUGUGCAACGUGAGGGGCCGGGAUCUCGCCAUUUGCAGCUCCUGCGUGGAGGCCUACCAUGCGGACUGCAAUGAUCCCACCAUCAAGCAGAGCAAAUCCGUCGACACAAAUCCCAAGUGGAAGUGCUUCCGAUGCGAGGCAUCCGGUAAUAGCGGUAAUAACACCAGCCCGUCCAGCGAGGAGCAAGCGGGGGGCAGGAAAUCGAAUGCGAGCCGCGAGGAGCAGCCGGCGGUGCCCAGGAAAUCCAAUGCGGGCCGCAAGAAGCGCGUCCAAUCCGAUCCCACCGGUCAAGAGAAGCCGGCGAAGAUUGAGAAGCUGGGCAAACGCAGUCCGCCACUGAAAACUGACGAGAAAAGAGAGAAGAGGGAGGAAAAGAAGGAAAGCAAGGAGGAGAAGAAGGAGGAGCUGCUGGAACAACCAGCUGAGGUCAAGGUGGAGAAAGUCGAGAAGCAGGAGGAGAUUGAGCCUGUGCCGGAGAAUAAGAAUCAGCCGGAGCCCAAUCAGGAAGCGGAACCCUCGCGCCUUUCGCCACCGCCACCUGCAGCUGCCGGCAGUCCCGUGGACAUUAAGUGCCAGCCCGUUUCCACCUGGUCCGUGGAACAGGUCGUCGGCUUUGUGGCCAAGCACUAUCCAAAGGAGGCGAACGUGUUCCGCUACCAGGACAUCGACGGCGCCUCCCUGCUGCUGCUCACCCGCCAGGAUGUGAUGAACGGAUUCGGCCUGAAGCUGGGACCGGCGCUGCGCGUCUUCGAGCUGGUGAUGUCCCUGCAGAGUCGCUCCGAUGACGUGAGACUCGCCUGGUUCGAGUAGCGUCCCCACCACCUCUUUAGCAUCUAACACCACUGUAAUUUUAAUUUAAUACUCUCGUUUGGAGCCCUCGCUCAUCCGGUCGCAACCAAUAAAGCUUAUAUUAAGUCUUCUCUUCUGCCGGAUGACUUCAAUUUCGUUCCAGUUUUUAAGAUGUUUUUUUCUGUAAUCCUACACUCUUGCAAAUGCACAUACUUUGUAAAUGAUAUCUGCUAGAUUUGCAAAAAAUAAUACGACUUUUAUUUAAA